AUGGAUCAAAUAAUAGAAAAUCUACCAAAAACGGCAGGUUACAAAAUGGGAAACACCUUCUUCCACGUUGUAUGCUACGCUGAUGAUGCAGUACUCAUUGCAGAUACAGAGGACAAUCUUCAGAGACUACUACAUGCGUUUAAUCUAAAGGCCAAACAAUUAAACAUGAUAAUCAACACCGAAAAAACAAAAUGCCUGGUAACAUCCAAGGAGGCGGUAAGGUGCAAACUGGAAGUGGACUCAAAACUGAUCGAACAAGUGAAUCACUUUCAGUAUCUAGGGGUUGGAAUAUCAAGUUAUGGCAACCUGCAGAAAGAAGUUAGAGAACACACUAUGAAGGCGUCUCGCAUUUCGGGCUGUUUAAAUGACAUCGUCUGGAGGAACAAGUAUCUCAACACAGAGAGCAAGAUUAGAAUAUAUAAAGCCGCGAUAAGACCAGUCAUCACGUACGCAGCCGAAACAAGACCAGACACGGCCAAAACAAUGCAAAUGAUGAGAACAACAGAAAUGAAGGUGCUGAGAAGCAUACACGGAAAAACACUACAUGAUAGAGCGAGAAACGAAGAUAUUAGAGAGUGGAGCAAAAUCCAGGAUAUAGGAAGAUGGGUUAGACAAAGGAGAAGGCACUGGAACAAACACGUAAGAAGAAUGGACGACAACAGACUAGCAAAAAAAGCGCAACAAAACAACCCAAUUGGAAAAAGGUCGCAAGGAAGGCCGCCAAAACGGUGGAGAGAAUGCUGGACGUCGUCCUCCGGGGAAGACUUGUUAGGAUUGAACAGGCGAUAG